UCACCUUAUAACUAAAUACCCCUUGCUACGAACUUUAUCAGACAGCGGUGGUUUUACUCCCUUAUCAAGCGUUCCCGGCGCUUUGUUUAACAACGUUUAGUGGUGCAAAUGUGCAAUAAACUACAAUACGGUUGUGUGUUGAUGACUAACUGUCACAACGGCGGCAAAGCGAACAACUAGAAGGAAAUCCCCGCCCGGUUUCUUCGAUCCAUCAUGUCGGAUAUUGAUUGGAAAAGUUUCGCCUGGAAUUGGACACAAUUUUGUCCCACGGGUCUGAAGCCGUUUGCCAAUGACACUAACGAUCUGCUGCCCUGCUUCCAGAAGAUAUUGCUGCAGCUGCCCAUCUACACAAUAUUUGCGGCCAUAUCCGCCUACAAUUUCGGCAAUCAGACGCGACAGAUUGUGCGCAACAAGACGCAAUUGUGGCUGCUGUCAUGCCGCACAAUACUCAGCAUUGUGCUGGCCCUGCUGCCCGUAGCCAAGAUAUUUGUAUUCCAUCGCGAGGGCACUAAACUCUAUGCGGUUGACACUCUCGUGGUGGCCGCCGAAUGCAUUAUGUGGGUGGUGCACAGCGGUUUCCUGCUGACGGCGCGACACUAUGGCGAGAUUAGUCAUCGGGGCACGCUGCUCACAAAUGUCGUCUGGCUGACGAUUGUCGUUUUGGAUGGCGUCUGGCUGCGCACCAGCCGGCAUUACGACUGGUGGCCCUGGAGCCUGGCCACGCUGCUGUGCGAUCUGCUCUAUGGCGCCACGCUGCUGCCCAAGGGCUCGGCCGUGUACUCCAAUCAGCCGCGUGGCGGUGCCAGCAGGGAGGACGAGGCGCUGCUCUCCAAUCGCUAUACGUACUUCCAUUUCGACAUGAACGAAGCACACUUGGGGCAUGCCCAGGACGAAGCCAAUUGGGCCUCGCGUUUCCUCUUCCAUUGGGUGCAUCCGCUGAUUGCCAAGGGAGUGGCCGGCAAGCUGCGCAAGAUCGAGGAUCUGUUUGAUCUGCCAGAUGCGCUGAAUAUCACGCGACUCAGCGACCGGCUGCAUCUGGCACUCUCGCAAUCGCAGAGCCUGUGGCGUGCGCUGCACAAGUGCUUUGGCGUGGAAUUCUAUCUCAUUGGACUGCUGCGACUUGUGGCCGAUUUGAGUGGCUUUGCGGGUCCCCUGCUGCUGGGCGGACUGCUGCGACAGGGCCAGGACACGGACGCGGACUCCACGCAGGCUUACUACUAUGCUCUGGGGCUGUUUGGCAGCACGCUGCUGUCUGCUUUGUGCUCCACGCACUUUGACUGGCGCAUGGCCAUGGUGAGCAUGAAGAUGCGGGUGGGCGUGGUCAACAGCAUCUACCGCAAGGCGCUGGAGGCACGCGGCAUCAAGGAGAGCAAGCCAGACAUGCUGAAUCUCAUGUCCACGGACACAGAUCGCAUCGUGAACUCUUGCAUCAGCUUUCACUUCUUCUGGAGCAUACCCUUCAAGCUGUUUACGACGCUCUAUCUGCUGUACCUGCAGCUGGGUGCGGCCUUCCUCGCGGGCGUGCUCUUCGCCGCACUGCUCAUACCCAUCAAUCGCUGGCUGGCCAAGCGCAUUGGCAUCUACUCGAGUGGCCUGAUGACGGCCAAGGAUGCCAGGCUGGCAGCCACCACAGAGACCAUGCAGGGCGCCAAGCAGAUCAAGAUCAAUGCCUGGGAGGACAUAUUCAUCACGAAGAUACGCGGCCUGCGGCAGGAAGAGCUGAGAUUUCUCUCCAAACGCAAAUAUCUCGAUGCAAUGUGCGUUUACUUCUGGGCCACCACGCCCGUGCUGAUGUGCCUGCUCACGUUUGGUGUGUCUGUGCUGUUGGGCAACAAGCUGGUGGCCUCGACAACCUACACGAGUGUGGCGCUGCUCUACAUGCUCAUUGGACCGCUGAAUGCCUUUCCCUGGGUGCUCAACGGCCUCAUCGAGGCUUGGGUCUCCAUACGGCGCGUGCAACAGCUGAUGGAUGUGCCCAAUUUGGAUUAUUCCAGCUACUACAAUCCCAUCAUGCGUGGCAGCCAUUCGGCGGGCGAGGAGAGCUCCCUGAAUGCACCCAAGGCCAGUGUGCUGCAGAUGAAGGGCGCCACAUUCAGUCAUGACAGCACGCAGGAGUCGGAGGCCACACCCUUUCGUCUCAGGGACAUUAAUGUGGACUUUAAGGCGGGGCAACUCAUCUGCAUCGAGGGACCCAUUGGCGGCGGCAAGAGCACCUUUCUCUCGGCCAUUGUCGCCGGUCUGCAGUGCACCGAUGGCGAGGUCUGUGUGCAGGAACUAACCACGGGCUUUGGCUAUGUGCCGCAGUCGCCGUGGCUGCAGCGUGGCACCAUACGCGACAACAUUGUGUGGGGCGCACACUUCGACGAGCAGUGGUACAAGAGUGUGCUGUACGCCUGCGCCCUCGAGGAGGAUCUGCAGAUACUCGGCGGCGAUCUCAUAGGCGUGGGUGAGAAUGGCAGAACGUUGUCCGGGGGUCAGCGUGCGCGCGUGGCUCUAGCACGAGCUGUUUAUCAGGAUAAAAAGGUUUACCUGCUGGAUGAUGUUCUAUCCUCGCUGGAUGCACAUGUGGCCAGGCACAUCAUCAAGCACUGCAUUCUCCGUUUGCUGAAGCACAAAACUCGCAUUGUGGUCACGCGCAGUGUCCCACUCUUCUUCCAUGCCAAUCAGAUAUUGCAGCUAAGGGAUGGCCAGCUGGGACCCAGCGAGUACAUGACCCAAAGCAUUGAUCUCAGCGAAGAGGAUGUGGAUGAAGACGAAUCGGAGCAGCCAGCGCGUCGUCGCUCCGUGGAGAUCUCCAAUCAAGAUGACAAUCGCAGCGUGGACAGCCUGCUGCUGGAGGAAUCUCGCGAAUUUGGGCAUCUUUCGAGCAAUGUUUUCGCCUGCUAUUGGCGCGCCGUCACCUCGCCCCUGGCCUUUAGCGUGCUGUUCUUUGUGCUGCUCAUGCAGACGACUCGCAAUCUGAGUGAUGCCUGGCUGGCGCAUUGGGUGACAGAGACCACACUGGAUCCGCACACGAAUGACACAUCGCUGGAGCAUCGGUUGGGCAAUGACACGGGGCACACCACUGGCUUUUAUUUGGGCAUCUUUACGGCCAUUGCGGUGACCAAUUCAUUGGCCACCCUAGCCAGAGCCUUCAUCUUUGCCUACGCGGGCAUUAAGGCGGCUAUUUUUAUGCACGAACAGCUGCUCAAGAGCGUCAUGUUUGCAAAGUUCAACUUUUUUGACAUUACCUCCGUGGGACGCAUCCUCAAUCGUUUCUCCUCCGACACGAACACUGUGGACGAUUCCUUGCCUUUUAUACUCAACAUUCUGUUGGCCCAACUGGCCGGUCUGGUGGGUGCUCUGUGUGUCAGUUUGUAUGCCAUGCCCUGGCUGGGUCUUGUCAUCAUACCCAUGGUGCCCAUCUACCUGAAUCUGCAGCAACGUUAUCGCCACGCCUCGCGUGACAUCAAGCGUUUGUCGAGCAAUGCCAUGUCGCCGCUGUACACACACUUCACGGAGACGCUGCAGGGUCUGACAACGAUCAGGAGCAUGCGCGCCAGUCCCCGCUUUCAGCGUGAUUUCCAGGUGAAGCUGGAGGAGAGCAUCAAGGCGCAGUUGACACAGUCAGCGGCUCAACAGUGGCUGGCGCUGCGCAUGCAGCUGCUGGGCACACUGCUGGUGGGUGGCGCUGGACUGCUGGCUGCCAUCACGGCCUCGCAUACCACAAAUCCCGGCCUGGUGGGGCUGUGCAUCUCGUAUGCUCUCUCGAUCACCGGACAACUGAGCGAUCUGCUGCAUGCCGUGGCCGAAACGGAACAGGAACUGGUGGCCGUCGAGCGUGUGGAUCAGUAUCUGCAGCUGGAGGGUGAACAGAAUGCCGCAGGCAGUGCCGAUCCACCCUUUGGCUGGCCCACCCAAGGCGUGCUCCGCUUCCAGGAGGUUCAACUGAGCUACAGGGAGCACCUCACGCCAGCGCUGCGUGGCAUCACCUUCGACACAGAGGCCUUUGAGCGUAUUGGCAUUGUGGGGCGCACGGGUGCGGGCAAGACUUCUGUGCUGGCAGCGCUCCUCCGUGUGGCGCCGCUCUCCCAGGGCGAGAUCCGUUUGGAUCAGGUGAACCUAAAGACUUUGCCGCUGAGUGUGCUGAGAGAGCGGAUUGGAGUCAUUACACAGGAGCCAUUCCUGUUUGAAGGAACUGUGCGCGAAAAUCUGGAUCCCCGUCAUGGCUUCUAUGACUCGGAGAUUUGGCACGCCAUCAAGAACUCCGCGGCAGCCACGCUGCUGGUGCAACAGCUGGGCGGUCUGGAUGGACGUGUGGAGCAGUGCGGCAAUAAUUUAUCCGCUGGCCAGCGGCAGCUGCUGUGCCUCGCCCGCGCCUUGCUGAAGAACGCCAAGGUGGUGUGCAUCGAUGAGGGCACCUCCAAUUUGGACGAUGAAUCCGAUCUGUGCAUGCAGCAGGCCCUACGCAAUGCCUUCAAGAGCUGCACCCUGCUGUUCAUAGCGCAUCGAUUGCGUGGCCUGCAGGCCAUGGAUCGCAUUAUAGUCCUGGACGAUGGGCGGAUCUGCGAGGAGGGCAAACCGCAGGAUUUGGCUCAGAAUACAACGACCAUUUUCCAUGGCAUGCUAGUGGCCCAGGACAUCAGUCCCGAGGAUUUCACUAGACUAGAUUAGGAAUACGUAAAACAAA